ACGUCUGCGGCGGCUGCGGCGCCGGAGCCCGCGGCUUUGGGUCGCGCCCCACGGCCCGUCCCCACCGCCCCCCCCGCACGCCGUCACCCCGCUGAGCCUUGUCUUUUUCCCUUUUGCACCUUUCUUACGCUGGGUCGGUCGCGUUGGUCGCGCGUCGGUUCGUGGGAGUGCGCAGGCGCGGCGGGGGCGAUCAGCCCCGCUGGGUGGGCGGCGGAGCCCGGGAGCGCGCGGGCGAGACCAUGGCGGGCAGCGGCGCUGGGGGCGGUGGUGUCGGGGAGACGAAGGUGAUUUACCACCUGGAUGAAGAAGAGACUCCCUACCUGGUGAAGAUCCCCGUCCCCGCCGAGCGCAUCACCCUCGGCGAUUUCAAGAGCGUCUUGCAGCGGCCCGCGGGCGCUAAGUACUUUUUCAAGUCUAUGGAUCAGGAUUUCGGGGUGGUGAAGGAAGAGAUUUCAGAUGACAAUGCUCGCCUUCCCUGCUUCAACGGAAGGGUGGUAUCCUGGUUAGUGUCAUCAGAUAACCCCCAACCUGAGAUGGCCCCCCCAGCCCACGAGCCUCGGACAGACCCGGUGCCUCCACCGCCACCUGUACCCCCUCUGCCACCAGAGAGGACCAGUGGCAUUGGAGACUCCAGGCCUCCAUCCUUCCACCCUAACGUGUCUAGCAGCCGGGAAAAUCUGGAGCCCGAGACAGAAACAGAGUCAGUGGUGUCUCUGAGGCGGGAGCGACCUCGCAGGCGAGACAGCAGUGAGCGCGGCGCGGGGGGCCACCGGCCCAGCGGCCCCUCGAGGCUGGAGCGCCACCUGGCAGGGUACGAGAGCUCCUCCACCCUCAUGACCAGUGAGCUGGAGAGCACCAGCCUGGGGGACUCGGACGAGGAGGACACCAUGAGCAGGUUCAGCAGCUCCACGGAGCAGAGCAGCGCCUCCCGCCUCCUCAAGCGCCACCGGCGGCGGAGGAAACAGCGGCCACCCCGCCUGGAGAGGGUGAGGGGCUUCUUGUGGGGCAGCUGGACCUCGGGGGAGCUGGGGGCGCGGGCCUUGGUUUCGGGGGUACAAGGCCCAGACAGGGAGAAUGCUGGGGCUUGUCCCGGCUUGUUGGAGGCAGUCCGGCUCCUUCCCCUUUACCCACCACAGGCCUCAUCCUUCAGCAGCGUCACCGAUUCCACCAUGUCUCUCAACAUCAUCACAGUCACGCUCAACAUGGAGAAGUACAACUUCCUGGGCAUCUCCAUCGUGGGUCAGAGCAACGAGCGGGGAGAUGGAGGCAUCUACAUCGGCUCCAUCAUGAAGGGUGGGGCUGUGGCGGCUGAUGGGCGCAUUGAGCCCGGGGACAUGCUUUUGCAGGUGAACGACAUGAACUUUGAGAACAUGAGCAACGAUGAUGCGGUGCGGGUGCUGAGGGACAUCGUGCACAAGCCGGGCCCCAUCGUGCUGACUGUAGCCAAGUGCUGGGAUCCCUCUCCCCAGGCCUAUUUCACUCUCCCCCGAAAUGAGCCCAUCCAGCCGAUUGACCCUGCUGCCUGGGUCUCACACUCUGCUGCGCUGACUGGCACCUUCCCAGCCUAUCCAGGUUCUUCGUCCAUGAGCACCAUCACAUCUGGGUCCUCUCUUCCGGAUGGCUGUGAGGGCCGGGGCCUCUCCAUCCAUACAGACAUGGCAUCUGUGACCAAGGCCAUGGCAGCUCCAGAGUCUGGACUGGAAGUUCGGGACCGCAUGUGGCUCAAGAUCACCAUCCCUAACGCCUUUCUGGGCUCGGACGUGGUUGACUGGCUCUACCAUCACGUGGAGGGCUUUCCUGAGCGGCGGGAGGCCCGAAAGUAUGCCAGCGGGCUGCUCAAGGCGGGCCUCAUCCGGCACACUGUGAACAAGAUCACCUUCUCUGAGCAGUGCUAUUAUGUCUUUGGAGACCUCAGUGGCGGCUGUGAGAGUUACCUAGUCAACCUGUCUCUGAAUGACAACGAUGGCUCCAGUGGCGCUUCGGACCAGGACACCUUGGCUCCCUUGCCCGGGGCCACGCCCUGGCCCCUGCUGCCCACCUUCUCCUACCAGUACCCAGCCCCGCACCCAUACAGUCCCCAGCCCCCACCCUACCAUGAGCUCUCGUCCUACACCUACGGCGGAGGCAGUGCCAGCAGCCAGCACAGUGAGGGGAGCCGGAGCAGUGGGUCGACACGAAGCGAUGGGGGGGUGGGGCGCACAGGGAGGCCUGAGGAGCGGGCCCCUGAGUCCAAGUCUGGCAGCGGCAGUGAGUCUGAGCCUUCCAGCCGGGGCGGCAGCCUUCGGCGGGGCGGGGAACCUGGUGGGACUGGUGAUGGGGGCCCUCCCCCAUCCAGGGGCUCAUCAGGAGGUGCUCCCAAUCUCCGAGCCCACCCAGGGCUCCAUCCCUAUGGCCCGCCUCCUGGCAUGGCCCUCCCGUAUAACCCCAUGAUGGUGGUCAUGAUGCCCCCUCCCCCGCCCCCUGUCCCUCCAGCAGUGCAGCCUCCAGGGGCCCCUCCAGUCAGAGACCUGGGCUCCGUGCCCCCAGAGCUGACGGCCAGCCGCCAAAGCUUCCACAUGGCCAUGGGCAACCCCAGUGAGUUCUUUGUGGAUGUUAUGUAGAGCGCGUGGUGGGGCCAUGUUGGAUCUCCAACCUUGGCCUGUCAGUGCUUGGUGCUCCUGUCCUGUGAUUGGGUGUCUUGUCAGUCACGUGCUCAUUACUCCUCUGGUGCCUGGACUCAGCCUGUCCUGUGGGCUGCUGCCUGCUGUGAGGUUGUUGCCACUGUGACUCUUUCCAGCAGUGCCUGGUUCCUCCCCCUUCCCUCAGGGGUCAACAAGGGACCUUUGGUUAUUUUUAGCUUUAUUGUUUUUUAUAAGCCUUUUUGGGGGGUUAAAAUAGACUUUUUUUACAUUUUUGGGACUAUUUUUUUACUAGACGUUUUCUCUUUUGUAUGAAGAAUCCCUGUCUCCUGGGCCCCUUCUUCUAACCCCAAAACGUGAUCUCCUACUCCAUUUGCCCAGUCAGCUCUGUCCUGCACAGGGUGGGAGGGUGGUCAGUCGGUGGUACCCUGGCAAGUGGAAGGGGGUUGGUUCCCCUAGACAGCAGUCAAAGAAAGCUGGGGUAUUUGGGGGCUGUGUAGCUGCUUUUGUUACUCUAUUUAUUUUAGUCACUUGUAUAAAACACCAAAUAAAGCAAUAGGGGCAAACUC